AUGGAUGCCAAAGCCAAUGACAGCACCUUCCCUAGCUUUGGAGACUUAGAUGAUUUCCUCACCAAGCAUGACUCCAAUUUUGUGUGGCUACUUGUGGGUAAGUGUUGAGGAAAUGUUCUAGGGUGGGGGUGGAACAGCAGUGAAUCUCAGCCAUUUCUCACAUUAGAGUUGAUGAAUGGGGAGCACUUAACUCCAAGUAUACAGGCGUGAAGCCUCAUUUAACACUCAUAACGAUAUGAGGCAUAGUUUAAACCCUCUGAGUCAGUGGUAACUAGGGGUGUAAUUCCAAUCCUAAUGGUAACCCAUCUUUCACUUGAGUCAUGACAGGACAUGGACCAGCUAUUAUGUCACUGUUGUGACAAUCUUAAUGAAGUCGUUACGACAGUACCAAACAUUUCCUCUUUAACUAAGGAUGGUGUGAUAUCAGUGACACUAGCUGACUACGCUCUGUUUUCUCUUCCAGCCACCAUUCUGUCCUGUGGAUGGAUCAUCUACCUGACCUACUACAACUCCCGCAACAUCGGCCUCAUCUUAACCCUCAUCAUCAACAGACUCUACAAGAAUGGCUACAUUCACAUCGGUGAGUGUAAAUAAUGAAAUUAAACAAGCUUGCAGAUGCGUGAAUAUGAACCUUGCCAGAGACUUGCAGACUCAGACUUGGCUCCCAGUUGCCCUAUUUAUGGAAUUCAGUGUGAAUAAUCGAAUGUUAGCGUGUCUGAAACUGUGACCUACUCGGAUCAGUUUUAGCAUCACUGUCUGACUGUCUGUCUGUCCUCUCUCUCCACAGGCUCCUUCUCUUUCUCGGUGCUGUCGGGGAAGGUCAUGUUCAGGGAUGUGUACUUCAUCAACGAAGAUAUGUCCAUCAGGUGCUUACUUUUACACUAUUAUGUUAUGUAUUCUACUCUCUAUACAAUACAUGCUUAUAUUCUAAUACUAUUUUAUUCUACCUUCAAUGUAUAUUGUGUUACAGAAUACAAGAUGGUUUCCUUAUAUUCCGCUGGUGGAAAAUGUAUAACCCUAAGCAGAAACAGCACGGUCAGUGGAUUGUACAAGAGACAUUAUGGUUUUGAAUUGGAUAUGGGAAACAAGUCCAUAGGUGUAGGAGUGGUGGGAGGCUGCAGAAACUCAAAUAGCUUGUACUCUUCUUGACCAUCAUGUCAAAGUUACAGAUGAUCUUGUUAUUUUCUUCUCCAGACCCCAAGGCUGAGACCAGGCUCUACGUGACCGUAAAUGGAUUUGAGUUCCACAUUUACAACCGUACAGACCUCUACGCACGACUACAGGAGACCUUCGGGUUGGACCCGACCCUCAUAUCUCCCAAAAAAGACGAGGAGAGAGGAAGAGAGGAACGAGAAAAGAGCCUGGACAGUGUUAACAUCAAAGCAGAGACUCCAGACCCGUCGUCAUCUUGGAGAUCCCUCAUCCCCGUCAUCAAAGUCAACAUCAGCACAGUGAGUUUUCCAUCACACCCACACACACUAGUCAAUAGUUAGGUUAUCUGAAAGUGCACUUAUGUUUAAUUCUCAUCAUCACUGUAUCGUGUGUAUUUCUCCAGGGUCGCUUGGCAUUUGGGAACCACCACCUGCCACAGACGAUAUGUGUGAAUUUUGAGGAUGCCUUCCUGACCUACGCCACCAAACCCCCUUCCAGCCACCUGGACCAAUACAUGCACAUCAUCAAGGGCUCUCUGGAGAAUGUCCGCGUCAUGCUCGUACCCAGCCCACGCUACCUGGGCAUGCAGAACGAUGAGUAAGUUGACCUUUGACCCUAACCCGCAUUACAUGGGCCUGCUGAACGAAAAGUGAGCUGACCAUCGACCCUAACCUCUUAAUCCUAAAGAAUACAACCUCUGUUGUCCUUCAUAGGCCGCCCAGACUGAUGGGAGAAGGGUUUGUGGUCAUGCAGUCUAAUUACGUGGACAUCUACUAUUACCAGGAUGAACCAGGUACGACCAUAUUGUGUAGAAUUUGCCAGGAUCGCAGAGUCCUGAAUAGCUUUUUUUAUACCUGUAAAGUCAUUAGUAAUUCAUAUUAUUGUGUGUGUAUUGUCAGGCCUGGUCCCAGAGGAGCAGGAGAGUGGGGAUCCAGAGCUGUGUGGAGAGGGCACCAAACUGCAAGAUCUGCCUCCCUGCUGGGGUCUGGACAUAGUCUGUGGAAAAGGAACUGACUUCAACUAUGGACCCUGGGCAGACAGGCAGAGGUACACACACACUAACUAUACUACUACAUAAUACAUAAUUGGCUGUUCACCAGACUCAGCAGCAUUCUCUCCUGUGUGCAGAGACCAUAGGAAUAUAAUUACUCAUAUUUAUAUUUCUGUAUGCAGGGACUGCCUGUGGAAGUUCUUCCUCCCGGCAGACUACCAAUCCUUGGGUGUUACGGAGGUGGCUCAGCCCGGCAAACCAAGACAGAUCCUAGCCUUCGAGCUGCGCAUGAACAUUAUCGCAGACGCCACCAUAGACCUGCUCUUCACCAAAAACAGGGUACCAGGAGACCAGGCUGCUCUCUCCUCUCCUCUCCUCUCUCAUUUUGUUAAAAGCUCCAUGUAUUAGAUAAUGUCAGAUCUAAAUAGCUGUAAAGUAUUAUAAUCCAUUCCACAAUGGGAUCAUGUGUUUCUCUCAUUAUGUGCUCUAUUGAUUUUUCUGCUCUUAGGAAACCAAUGCCAUCCAUGUGAAUGUUGGAGCAGGCUCUUAUCUGGAAGUGAACAUCCCCAUGACUGUGGGGGAGACUGGUGAGUUGGACACUGAGAGAAAGAACUGAGAUUAGAAGAAAGUGGAUGUCUUUAGUAGGGGUGUGCCGACCUUACCAUACUCGUAUUCGUAUCCAUAAUUGACAGUUGAUAGUCGGAUCGGAUGAUAUUCUUGAUCGGAAAACACGGAAGUGUUUUAAUAUGCCUAAAUAGAUGUUGGCAAAAUACCAAUCUCCCUGCAAAAUAAACUGCAGAUUAGGAGCAGUGUGUGAAGGUGUGUGUGUGUCCUCAACUUGCAGAGGGCAGUUUGCUGUCACUCAGUCAGAAUGCGCAUCAAAGUUUCAUAUUUUCUCCCUACCUUCGCCCUGCUUGUUAGAUACUAUGCACAUUGAUAGCUUGACCAAAUGUCCUACACAUUUGAUUUAUCAUAGUAGGAGGCUAACAGAAGGCAGCAUCAAUAAAUGAUCAAACCGAAACAUGCAAGGAGAAGUGGUUGUGUGAAAUUAUGAAGCAAAGCGAGUGGACGUAGAAAUACAGCUUCGCUCUUUCCAAUCAGAGCAGCAGGAUCAACGCCCUUCUCUUUACAGACAGGCAAACUAGCCAGUUUAGUUAUUUAGACUACGUAGCAACUUGCAUUUGAUUGACUUACUUUCCGAUCACGGAUAAUAACAAAACAUAUUUGGAUCAUAAUCGUAUCAGGACAAUUGCCCAUAUCUGUUACGAUACUCGUUUUAUCCGACUACUCAGCCCACCCCUAGUCUUUAGGUCUAUGGUUACAGGGUAAGACAGAGGAGGGAUGCCGUGAAAGCAUGCAUUAAUCAUGACUCAUUAAUCAAUAUUACCAUCAAUAAAGUUCAAACUUGGAUUGUCUGUGAGCAUUCGUUCUCUCCUCUCUCUCCCCAGGCUACUCUCCCACCAUCAAAGGUCAGCUGCUCCAUGUUGACACCACCACCAGCAUGCAGUACAGGACCCUGCUGGAGGCUGAGAUGCUGGCUGUAAGUACAGUACAAUAGGAAUCUGUAGGGGACCUAUUCUACCACAAGCCAUAAACUGAAUUUCCAAUACAAGUUUUGUACUGCAACAGAGUGAUUUGUGGGAUUCAAAUUCAUACCAUGGAUCAUACGCAAAAAUGUAUGCACGCAUGACUGUAAGUCGCUUUGGAUAAAAGCGUCUGCUAAAUGGCAUAUUAUUAUUAUUAUUAUUUAGCUAUUUGAUUUUGAAUUGUAGGAUCCCUUUAGGUUUAAAAGUAAUAAUAUAUAAAAAUGCUUUAAUAAAAUAUUUAAUUUGGCCUUUACUACUAUAGCCCAUAGAAACACAUUUAAUAACACAUUCAUAAAUGACAAGAAAUACAGUCAGAAAAUAAAUCAGACGCAGAUUUUGAUGGCGUAAAAAAAAAAGAUUGACGUCAAUAGACUCUCAAUCCCUUGAUGAGUUGAAUCAGGUGUGCUAUUGCAACCCCUUGAAAGGCUAACCUGUUGACAUGACCAUCCACUCUCUCACAUGUCCCCUCAGUUCCAUGUGAUUGCCAGCUAUCCCCGUGUAUGGAACAUGCCCCAGUCCUGGAACUGUGAGAUAGAGGUGUACAAGGCC